AUGUUGCUUGCUGGGGCUCUUCCGCCCGCAUCCGCGCGUACCUGGGCUCGUAAAUUUGUGGAUUCCUGGGGGAGAAUUUACACAACCUUCUCCAUGCUAUCCUAUAUAUCUGCUGCCUUUCGGCCCCCGUCGCCGGAGGAAGGCGUACAGCAGCGACCACCACGGUAUGCCGGUGAAGAUACCACCCCAACGAGCCGCCGGGAGAUCCUAGGAUGGUACUCGUACGGGAUUGCGGCGGAGGUGUUCGCGGUCUGUGGCGUAGGAUCUUUCCUACCGCUCACCUUGGAACAAUUAGCCCGCGAGCGCGGCACCCUGCAAGUGAGCCGUCUUCCAUGUGUCGGACCAUCCACAGGGAAUAGCACAAAUAGUGCUGAAAAUGGCCAAUGUGUGGUGCCGAUAUUUGGCGCCGAGGUCAACACAGCCAGCUUCGCCAUGUACACCUUCUCGCUGGCAGUACUUAUACAGGCGCUGACACUGAUAUCGUUCAGCGCGCUGGCGGAUUACGAGAACAACCGCAAGAUAUUGCUUAUGGUAUUCGGAUUCGCCGGUGCGCUCGCCAGCAUGUUGUUCAUAUUCAUUGCGCCGCCUAUCUUCAUUGUCGGAUCGAUAUUGGUCGUCAUCGGUGUGACCUGCCUCGGUUCAUCCUUUGUUGUGCUGAACUCUUAUCUCCCCGUGCUUGUCGCCAACGACCCAUCUCUGCAAGAGGGAAAGGCGGAUGACAGCGCGGAAAUGUCGAGCUUCGAUCGAGACGGAGGUAACUCGGAAUGGAACGCCUGGGGCAGCGAUGAUGCCGACAACGAUAGUUUAGACGGACUUCAGCCACAAGAGCAGCCACGGAACUCACUAGAAGGUGGAACUGGGGCCAAGGCCUCGCCGUCGUCCUCCCCGGAGCUGCAGCUGUCCACCAAAAUCUCCUCCACAGGCAUCGGUCUUGGAUAUUGUGCGGCGGUCUUUGUGCAAAUCAUCAGUAUCAUCAUGCUGAUCACAUUAUCCAAGACCUCCCUUGUCAAAGUGUCUGGCACUCUUCCCAUGCGCUUCGUAUUGCUCCUGGUCGGCAUCUGGUGGGGCGGGUUCACCUUGGUCACUCGUAAUUUGCUCAAGACACGACCGGGGCCUCCCUUGGAUUCAGUCGCCACCAAAGGCACAUCAAGAUGGCGAGCCUGGUUACGACUGAUCGGUUUUGCCUGGAAAUCACUAUGGGAGACCGUCAAAAUAGUCAUCAAACUGCGCGAAGUCCUCAUGUUCCUCGUGGCAUGGUUCCUGAUCUCCGAUGCAAUGGCCACUGUCUCCGCGACGGCGAUCCUCUUCGCGCGCACGGAACUCAAACUGAGCACACCGCUGAUCGGACUUCUCUCCAUCACUGCCACGGUGUCCGGCAUGACGGGCGCAUUCCUAUGGCCACAUGUGUCUCGGUACUUCGGCCUACGGUCAAAUCAAACUAUCAUCCUGUGCAUCGGCAUGUUUGAGAUGAUUCCACUCUAUGGGUUGCUUGCUUACAUCCCCUUCAUAAAAAAAUGGGGUGUGUUCGGGUUACAACAGCCGUGGGAGAUAUUCCCGCUGGCCAUCGUCCACGGCGUCGUGUCGGGAGGACUGGCAUCAUACUGCCGAUCGUUCUUCGGACUCAUGAUUCCUCCUGGUAGCGAGGCUGCGUUCUACGCUCUUUACGCUGCUACUGACAAGGGCAGCUCAUUCAUUGGACCGGCUAUUGUGGGCGUUCUUGUUGAUGCGACCGGCCAAAUCCGAAGUGGAUUUUUCUUCAUGGCGCUUCUGAUCCUUCUGCCUAUCCCUCUCGUGUGGAUGGUUAACGCGGACAAGGGUCGGCGUGAAGGUUUGGCUAUGGCUGAAACCCUGGGCAAGUCACAUGGUGGGCCCGCCGAGUACGCCCAGGAAGCCGAAGGGCUUCUUGCUCGUGAGUAG